AAGGUAUACUUUUAUUUUGAACUAUAGCAAACGAACGUCAUCACUUCCUUAAGUUAAGGACCGUUACGGCCGUUAGGUGGCGCUCGUGCAUUUGAGAGAGGUAUAAGAAGGACAACUGCUCAAGAGAUGUAAAUGUCACUAUAAAAUGUCUAGACACUGUUAAGAGCAGAGUUUGUAAAGUCGUGACUCCGCCAUUGAUUGAGAAGCAGGCUAAAGUGUUCUACGAUGUUCCAUGACGAAGGGAAAUAAACAUCUGUAAAAGGAACUGCAGUCUAUGGAUCAAUCGAGUGGCGGUACAGUAGAACACUUCUGCAUCGACGAAGACUCGAGUGGAAGACGACAAGUUACAAGCCUCAACGGGAACGAGAGGAGCUGCAUUGAGGUGUUGAGUGAUUUCAACGGACAAGCUACAAGGUUAAACAAGCAAACACACUGAAGAAAGGUGUCUUGGAAGUAACGCAAGUAUUUGCUGGCUGUCAUUAAGUUUAUCACUAAGACAUUUAAUUUGUGCUCUUUCGUUAAUCAGCAGUGGACAUUUUCUCUGCAGUUGGUCACUAAGAAACAAAGUGCUUUAAUUUCUGAGUAUUUAAGUAUUGCUCUUCCAAGUGAGUUUCUCAUAUUAUUGCUCAUUCAAAUAUUUAUGAUAAUGUGUUAUAUGUACAUUAUACACAGGUCAAGUUAGGAGACAAGGAGAUUUACAUUAGCAUAGAUUAGAGAAGUGAAUUCAUUUCAUAAAUACUUCAUCACAUCCUACACUGACACAUUUAACAUGCCGUACAAAAAGGAAAAGACCUUUCUGCCAAAUGAAGAGGACACACAUGCAGACAAAAAAAGUGAUACACAGCAGCAGAUGACCCUAUCACAGCACAUGGAUGUAGGUGAGCUCAGUGAAGACACACAAUCUCAGGUUGGUAAGGAUGAUGCACAAAUCCCUCCUGAAACUAAGAAAAUUAGACGCACGCGAAAGCUCACUGAAAAAGGACGUUCUCUGCUAGAUGAUAAAGUGACCAAUCUGAACACAAAAUUUGUGAAGCUGUAUACAAGAUGGAAAUAUCACAUCAAUGGAUUGAAAAGGUCCAUCAAGAGCAAUGAUGCUGAGGACUUGAUUGAUGAGAUCAUAAAUGAAAUCAACACCUUCCAAGUUGACAUUGACAAUACCUACCUUGAGAUAAGAUCAAUUUCAAAUCCUGAAUCUGACAUCCGGAGAAUGAAUGACACAUGCCAAGCACUCACCAAGAUUGCGAAUGUAAAGGCUCAACAUUUUCACAAUGGAUAUGAUUCAAGAGACAUACCAUGGCCUGAUGAUAAAUCAGUGUUUGGAAGCACAGUAGCGUCUAGUGUAUUCUCAGCUCAAACCGCAAAGUCAGUGACUUCUUCCAAAUCAUCUCAACACUCUUCCAUUCUGUCCCUCAAUGCUAAACAAGCAGCAGCUGAAGCUUUGGCUACGCAAAGGGUGAUAAAGAUAGUAAAUGUACAAAAUCAACAAAGGGAAGAAAUUCAAAGACUUGAGGUGGAAGAACAAGUCUUAAAAGCUGAUAGAGAAGCUAAAGAAAGGGAAUUUGAAGCAGAAAGCGCUAAAAAAAGAGCACAGUUUAUAGCAGAAAGUGCUGAGAGAAAAAUGAGGAUGGAAAAGAAAAGAAGAGAAGUGGAACGACUAGAAGAACUUAAAGGUCAUGUUGCAGCACAAGCAAGACUUCAAGUUUAUUCAGAAUCUCUCCAUCCAUCAGUUGCACUUAACCCUUUAAGUGAACCAUUUUUUCCAUCACAUCAAAUACAAGUCUCCCACCCUCCUGUAGAACCAGCCAAAGCAAGCCAAGUCCAUCAGCAACAUGAAGUAAAGGUCCCUCUACAGUAUCCCUCUGUGCGCACCUCAUAUUCUGUUGCACAGCCAACCAAGGAAGUUCCAGCCACUAAAGCAGUCAACCUUUCGACCUCUGAUGAAGCUUCCAUUGACCUUGUGAAGACACUUGCUGAAGCAAUCAUAGCUAACCGAGUUCCAAUACCAGAACCUGACAUCUUCAAAGGAGAUCCCCUCAAGUACAAUGAUUGGAAGCUGUCUUUCUGUGCUCUGAUUGAUCGUAAAAACCUUCCAACUCAAGAAAAACUGUUCUUUCUUCGCAAGUAUGUUGGAGGAACUGCUAAGAGAGCUAUUGAAGGCCAUUUCCUUGCAGGAACAGAAACGGCUUAUCAUGCUGCCUGGGGCAUACUUGAAGACAGAUUUGGCAAUCCAUUCAUUGUUGCCAAAGCAUACCGUGAGAAGAUAUAUGCAUGGCACAAAAUUAGCCCCAAAGACAGCGACAAUUUUCGCGAGUUUGUUGAUUUUCUAAACAGUGUGGAAUCAGCUAUGCCAUAUGUUCAAGGCCUACAAACACUCAACGACUGUGUAGAAAACCAAAGGAUUAUUGCCAAACUACCAGAUUGGUUGAGCUCGCGUUGGAACAGAGAAGUUACAAUUUAUCAAGACGAACACAAAAUGUUUCCUGACUUCAGAUAUUUUGUGCAAUUUCUCAACAUGGAGGCUCGAAUCGCAUGCAAUCCUAUUACAUCACUAAAUGUAAUGAAGCCAACUGACCAAGAAAGAACAAAGCCAACAGAACGAGAACAGUCCAAGUUUCAAAGAAAUCAAAACUUAAGUGCUAAGACUUUCACAACUAGCGCAAGUGAGAGAACAAACAUCACAUGCCUUUUCUGUAAGAAGCGGGGACAUACUGUCCACAAGUGCCGCAAAAUUAUGGAAAAAACAAUUGAAGAAAGACUCAAGUUUGUACAACAGGAGAAGUUAUGUUUUGGUUGUCUCAAGAAUGGUCAUAACUCCAAAGCCUGUACAUACAGGAGUGUGUGUGACUUAUGUGGAAAACGUCACCCCACAUGCCUUCAUCAAGACCGUGAGAAGAGAGCUCAAGAACAAGGACAAAGUAAAAGGCAAGCAACCAAUGAAACCACUACAGACGAAAACAAAGGAGAGAAAAACCAGCAGUCUGAAUCCAUAGAAAUGCAGCAAGUUACAUCCAACAGAGUUGUUCAAGAGAAAAAGGGAACUCAUACUUCAUCUAUUGUUCCAGUCUAUGUUUCCACGUCAACGGAACCAGGCAAGGAAGUUCUAGUGUAUGCUUUACUGGACAGUCAAAGUGACACAACUUUCAUUUUGCAAAAUGUAGCUGAAAUGUUGUGCAUCAAGAAAGAGCCAGUAAAACUUAAAGUAUCCACAAUAACGUCAAAAACAAAGGUGGUGAAGAGCGAAAGGGUACAAGGACUACAAGUAAGAGGCAUCGGCUCGGACACAAAAAUAAAACUCCCAACAACCUACACCAGAAGUUACAUACCAGCUAAUAGAUCUCAUAUACCUACAUGUACAACUGCAAAGGCCUGGCCUCACUUGGAACAUUUAACAGAUGAAAUGUCUCCUGAGCUUGACUGUGAAGUAGGAUUGUUAAUCGGCUACAACUGUCCCCAAGCCUUACUUCCCAGAGACGUCAUCACAGGCAGUGAAACUCAGCCAUAUGCGCAAAGGUCUGUGUUGGGCUGGAGCAUUAUCGGCUACAGCAGUAAUGACAUUGAUUAUGACCACGAGGAUGAAAUUGGUGUUAGCCAUCGUAUCAUCAUAAAGAAAGUUUUUCCAGCUAUCAAGCCAUCUUUGGAGAUCAAGUCUGAGGUUCAGUUUGUCUGUAGAACUCAGGUUAAAGAAAUUAUCACUCCAGCAGAAAUACUUAAAGUAUUUGAGUCAGACUUUACUGAAAGGUUCAGUGAAGAUGUUCUAAUAUCACAAGAAGAUAUUAAGUUUUUGACGACAAUGAGAGAAGGCAUCAAGCAUAAGCCAAAUGGACAUUACGAAAUGCCAUUACCUUUCAAGGAAGAGAGGCCCAAGCUGCCAAACAACAAAGUAUGUGCAGAACAUCGACUCAGGUGUCUGGAAAAACGUUUUAGGAAAGAUGACGUAUACCACAAGCAUUAUGUGGCCUUUAUGGAGGACAUAAUAGCAAAAGGCGACGCCGAAAGGGUUUCAGAGCCAGAAGGAAAUGACCACACCACAUGGUAUAUCCCUCACCAUGGGGUUUACCACCCACACAAGCCAGGGAAGAUUCGCGUUGUAUUUGAUUGCUCAGCUAAGUUUCAGAAUACAUCGCUGAAUGAGCAUCUACUUACUGGACCAGAUCUUACCAAUACUCUUGUAGGGGUCUUGUCUCGCUUCCGCAAAGGACAAGUAGCCCUCAUGUGUGAUGUGGAGCGGAUGUUCCAUCAAUUUCAUGUUGCACCAAGAGACCAAGACUACCUCCGAUUCCUGUGGUGGGAACAGGGAAAUAUAAAAGCUCCAGUGUCAGUGUUCCGCAUGAAAGUUCACUUGUUUGGAGCUGCAUCAUCACCCGGAUGCGCAAACUUUGGGCUCAAGCACCUGGCUGCAGAAGGAGCAGGAAACUUUAGUGAAGCCACAGUGCGGUUUAUAAAACGCGACUUUUAUGUCGAUGAUGGAUUGACAAGUUUGGACAGUGAAGCAGAAGCCAUCCAGCUUGUCAGAGAGGCAAGAGAACUGUGCAGUGCUGGUAAGCUCCACUUGCACAAAUUCAUCACCAACAAUCGGAAUUUGCUUGACACAAUCCCAAAGCAAGAACAAGCUGGAGGUGCAGCUGAUCUGGACCUGGCCCUGGGGGAACAAAGAAUGGAACGGGUUCUUGGGGUCCAGUGGUGCAUUAGCUCCGAUAUGUUCCAGUUUAGAGUGAGGAUAAAGGAUCAUGCCUUUACUAGAAGAGGAGUAUUGUCGACAGUUGCUUCAAUUUUUGAUCCUCUUGGAUUUGUGGCACCGGUCAUCUUGAAAGGGAAGCAGAUUUUACAACGGAUGUGUCAAGACAAAGUAGGAUGGGAUGAGCCACUUCCUGAUCACCUCAGACCGCACUGGGAAGCAUGGCUCCAAGACCUCCUUAAUCUGUCUGAGGUUGAGAUUCCACGACACUAUAUACCACUAACAACCAAGGAAGUUCAGUGCUAUGAACUUCACCAUUUUUCGGAUGCCAGUGUUUCUGGCUAUGGAAUGUGCUCUUACCUCAGGGCUGUUUCAAUGUCUGGAGAAGUCCAUUGUGCUCUUGUCAUGGGAAAGGCAAGGGUUGCACCAACAAAGAUGACAACAAUCCCAAGGCUAGAACUCUCAGCUGCACUAGUGGCAACGAGGACAAGUGAUCUGCUGAGGAGAGAGAUGGAGAUGGAAUCUUUACAAGAAUACUUUUGGACUGACUCCAAGGUUGUCCUUGGGUACAUUAAUAAUGAGGAAAAGAGAUUUCAUGCAUUCGUCGCUAACCGGAUCCAGCAAAUAAGAUUAAACACACAACCAAGUCAGUGGCGAUAUGUUGCUUCCGAAAAUAACCUGGCUGACCAUGCUUCUCGUGGACUCUCUACUAAGGAGCUUGCAGAGUCUAACUGGUUCUCCGGACCUAGCUUCUUGUGGAAAAAUGAACUUCCUAAAGAGGAAGAAAUUAAGGUGGGAGAACUCAAAGACGACGAUCCAGAGAUCAAAGGAGCACUUGUUCAUGUAGCAAAGACAAAGGAACAGAGGUCGCUUGCGGACAGACUUGAUAAGUUUUCAGACUGGAAGAGUGCCGUGAGGGCCAUAGCAAGGCUUAAACGUUUGGCAAAGGAAGUCAAAGGACUUAAAGCAAGUUGCAGUGAAACGACACUUGAAGAAAGAAUGAGUGCUGAACAAUUCAUCAUCCAUAUAGUUCAACAAGAUGCAUUCAGAGAUGAAAUCAGGUCUCUAGUCCAAAAGAAAGGAUUACAAAAGGUCAAAGGGUCAACUCAGCUGUACAGGUUAGACCCAUUCAUGGACAGCAAAGAUAUCCUGAGGGUGGGGGGAAGAUUAACACAAGCGACACUCCAUCCCCACGUCAAACAUCCAGCUAUCCUCCCAAAGGGCCAUCAUGUAUCUCGAUUGCUGAUAAAGCACUACCAUGAGAAGGUCAAACAUCAGGGUCGUGGAAUGACUAUCAAUGAACUACGCUUCAGUGGAAUUUGGAUCCUUGGUUGUAGUAGUGAAGUGUCAAAGUUCAUUUUCAAAUGCGUCAAUUGCAGGAAAUACAGAAAAUGUCACCAAGAACAAAGGAUGGCUGACCUUCCAAUGGAGAGGAUGGAAGUUACACCUCCAUUUACAUACAGUGGCAUGGAUUGCUUUGGACCAUUCCACAUUAAGGAGGGAAGGAAAGAACUGAAGCGAUACGGUCUCCUAUUCACCUGCUUGUGUUCACGAGCCAUUCACAUUGAAGUAUUGGAUGAUCUUUCUACUGACGCUUUCCUGAAUGCAUUGCGAUGCUUUAUUGCUAUAAGGGGCAAUGUAAGUCAACUACAAAGCGACCAAGGCAGAAACUUUGUGGGAGCACGUAAUGAAUUCCAAGAACUAAUGAAAGGAAUGCAGAAUGAGCAUUUAAAAAGGCUAGGAUGCAAUUUUGUCAUGAACCCACCUGCAUCAAGUCACAUGGGCGGUGUCUGGGAGAGACAAAUACGAACCGUGAGGAGCGUCCUCACAUCCAUCUUAGACCAGGCGGGUGGACGACUGGACUGUUCUUCAUUAAGAACCUUUUUGUAUGAAGUGAUGGCUAUCGUGAAUAGUCGACCAUUGACCACGGACCAUCUCAAUGAUCCUUUGGGACCAGAGCCCCUGACUCCAAAUCAUAUAUUGACGAUGAAAUCAUCAUUCAUCGCACCACCACCUGGAAAGUUUGUAAGGGAAGAUCUCUAUCUUCAGAAAAGGUGGAAGCGAGUUCAGUUUCUGUCGAAUGUAUUUUGGACCAGGUGGAGGAAGGAGUAUUUAUUGAAUUUGCAACAAAGACGCAAAUGGAACAAAGCCAGGAGAAAUGCCAAAGUGAAUGACAUUGUCCUGUUACAAGAUAAUGACACACCAAGAAAUCAGUGGAAGCUGGCAAAGGUAGUUGAAGUUUUCCAAGGAGCCGACGGAAGGGUCAGAAAAUUCCAACUGCUACUCAGUGACACAACAUUGGACAGUAAAGGCUCUCGCACAUGUAAGCCAGUUUAUUUAGAAAGGUCUGUACACAAGACAGUGCUGUUGCUUGAGGCCGAGUAAUUAGUUUAGAUUUCAAUUAGUGUGUUCAAUGUUUGAAGUAAUACCUGUAUGUUAUUGAUGUUUUGCAAGGCUCAUUAAAGGGCCACUUUUCAUUGUAAAUCACACGUUGUGUGAUGGUGGGAGUGUGACUGCAGCUGUGACGGUGUUAUUUUGAAAGGUAUACUUUUAUUUUGAACUAUAGCAAACGAACGUCAUCACUUCCUUAAGUUAAGGACCGUUACGGCCGUUAGGUGGCGCUCGUGCAUUUGAGAGAGGUAUAAGAAGGACAACUGCUCAAGAGAUGUAAAUGUCACUAUAAAAUGUCUAGACACUGUUAAGAGCAGAGUUUGUAAAGUCGUGACUCCGCCAUUGAUUGAGAAGCAGGCUAAAGUGGUGAGUGCUAUUUAUAUUUGGUAUUAACUUUGGUGCGACAGUGCCGCUGAUGUUUAACUGGCGUAUGAAUUUCAUGUAUGAAUUUUCAUGUUAUUUUUUGUACAUUAGUUCUACGAUGUUCCAUGACGAAGGGAAAUAAACAUCUGUAAAAGGAACUGGAGUCUAUGGAUCAAUCGAGUGGCGGUACACAAUGUUUAGAUCUAGUUAAAUUACACAUAAAUAUAACGGUAACAAAUGGUUUGAGUCCAUAUGAAACGUUGUUUGUUACACCUUAUAGGUUGACACAGUUCGAAAAUGUGUAGGAAACUGACGACGAUUCCACUUUGAUAGAAGACAUGAGACUGACACCAGGAGACUGAGUGUUGAGUAAAAGUGGAAAAAGAAAACACUGGCACUCUCCCAAGUGGGAAGGGCCUUAUCAAGUACUGUUAACGACACCAACAGCA